CCGGCGGCGGAAGGUGGGAAGGGGCUAGGGGCAGCUUCCGGCUAGAGCAGUGUCGCUGGUUUCGCACGUGUGUUUCACCUUCGGGAUUCCUGGAUUACCCCUGCCCCUGGUGAAUUUGUCGGGCCUGGGUUCCCCUGCAGAUUUAAGGAUGAAGGUGAGAAGAAAUAAAAAACAGGUCCCAAGCUUUCGGAAGUUGCUAAAAACUAGUAAAGUCAAACUUGAAAACAAGCUAAAAAACAAACAAUUUAAACAACAAAGCACUCUCAAGAAGUACCGAAAAGAACAGAGGAAACUAAGGCAAGCUGUAAAAGAUGCUGUGUCUAAGAAACCUAUUCCAUUGGAGGACCCAAAGGAAAAACGACCAGGUAAAAGGAUUGAGAGGGAAGAGGAAGAAGAGGAGGAAGCCCUUCCUUUAGAUAUGAUGGAUGAAGAUGACUUACAGUUAAUGAAGGAUUUAGGGCAAAGAGCAUCUUUUCUAACGAGAGAUCUUUCUUCUAGUGAGCCUGUUCACGCCAGGAAGCGGAAGCAUGAGCAUGUUAUAGAUAAAUAUGAAAAACUACCAAGAACUCUGCAAACUGCACCAGAGAAGGAACUGAUUCACUUACUUCCUAUUAAAGAUAAAAGUGGUAUAAUCCCACAGACCAGAGAGAAACCAGUUAUUGACAGUAACCAAGAUGAAGAGGAUCAAGAAGAGAUGGAACCUGAAGAAGAGAUCAUUGAAGAACCCAUUGAAGAGCUGACAUUAGAAGAACAUUUAAUUGAGAGGAAGAAGAAACUACAGGAGAAGAAAAUGUGUAUCGCAGCCUUGGCAUCUGCCAUAUUAUCAGAUCCAGAAAGUAAUAUUAAAAAAUUGAAAGAAUUACGUUCCAUGCUGAUGGAACAGGAUCCUGACGUGGCUGUUACUGUUCGAAAGUUGGUGAUAGUUUCUCUGAUGGAGUUAUUUAAAGACAUUACUCCUUCUUAUAAAAUACGACCCCUAACAGAGGCAGAAAAAUCUACCAAGAUCCGCAAAGAAACCCAAAAGUUAAGAGAAUUUGAAGAAGGCCUGGUUAGCCAAUAUAAAUUUUACUUGGAAAAUCUGGAGCAAGUGGUUAAAGAUUGGAAGCAAAGGAAGCUGAAGAAAAGUAAUGUGGUUUCCUUAAAGGCCUACAAGGGACUGGCAGAGGUGGCUGUGAAGAGCCUGUGUGAGCUGCUGGUGGCCCUGCCUCAUUUCAACUUCCACAACAACAUCAUUGUACUGGUUGUCCCUCUCAUGAAUGACAUGUCAAAAUUGAUAUCUGAAAUGUGUUGUGAAGCAGUAAAGAAACUCUUUAAACAAGAUAAAUUAGGCCAAGCAUCACUGGGUGUAAUUAAAGUGAUUUCUGGUUUUGUGAAAGGCAGAAAUUAUGAAGUUAGGCCAGAGAUGCUAAGAACAUUCUUGUGCCUAAGGAUCAAAGAAGUAGAAGUGAAAAAAGAUACAGAGGAUAUUAAUAAACAAAAAAAGUUCAUGACUUUCAAGGAAAAGAGAAGAACUCUAUCAAGAAUGCAGAGAAAGUGGAAGAAAGCAGAAGAGAAACUAGAGAGAGAGCUUCGGGAGGCAGAAGCUUCGGAGAGUUCUGAGAAAAAACUUAAACUGCACACGGAGACUCUGAAUAUCGUGUUUGUGACCUACUUCAGAAUACUGAAGAAGGCCCAGAGGUCACCUCUCCUGCCAGCAGUUCUGGAAGGUCUUGCCAAGUUUGCUCACCUUAUAAAUGUGGAGUUUUUUGAUGAUUUAUUAGUAGUUCUACAUUCUCUCAUUGAGUCUGGUGACCUAAGCUAUCAAGAAAGUCUUCACUGUGUCCAGACUGCUUUUCAUGUUCUUUCUGGGCAAGGUGAUGUUCUGAAUAUUGAUCCAAUGAAAUUCUAUACACAUCUUUACAAAACACUGUUCAAGUUACAUGCAGGUGCUACGAAUGAAGGUGUUGAGAUCGUCCUCCAGUGCCUUGACGUCAUGCUGACUAAGCGCAGAAAGCAAGUUUCUCAGCAGCGGGCCCUUGCCUUCAUCAAGCGCCUUUGUACCCUUGCUCUUCAUGUGCUUCCAAAUUCAAGCAUUGGCAUUUUAGCAACUAACAGAAUAUUAAUGCAUACUUUCCCCAAAACAGAUCUGUUGCUUGACAAUGAAUCUCAGGGUAGUGGAGUUUUCCUUCCUGAGCUGGAUGAACCUGAGUACUGCAACGCUCAGAACACUGCUCUUUGGGAAUUGCAUGCGCUGAGGCGACAUUACCAUCCCAUAGUGCAGAGAUUUGCAGCUCACCUCAUCGCUGGAGCCCCUUCCGAAGGCUCAGAAGCACUCAAACCAGAGUUGAGCCGAAGAUCUGCUGCAGAACUUUUUGAGGCUUAUAGCAUGGCAGCAAUGACAUUCAAUCCUCCUGUUGAAUCUUCAAAUUCCAAAAGGAAGGUUACCGACAGAGGCUAAACUUGAAGUGAGUGACCAGAGAAGGCUGCCACCAUCCGGCUUAGAUUGAGCAAACAUCCUUCUCUUCAGGCAUACACCCCCCCCACCCUCUGCCCCCAACAAUGAUGCAAGGACCAGAGUCAGUACUUGGCACUGCUGCAUCUCACUUGGAGAAGCAGAAUGAACUGGGGAUGGGGUGGGGGAGCAGAAGAUUCUCAAGAAGACUCUGCUCCCCUUACCCCAGCCCUUGGUCUAUGGUUGAUGCUGGGCUGUGGAUUGUGUGGGGCAAGGCAGCUACUACUACAGCAAUAAUUCAGGGCACGAAGCUUCCAGGAGCAGGUCAGUCGACACUGUUAGCUCCAUGAUAGGGCCAGCGUCACUCCCUCCCCAGUCCUGCUUUGUAGCCCUGUGAUUACUCACGUAGGGUGACAGUAAUAUGCUACUUUUUAUGGGUGGUCCGUGGAAAUGUUUCCUUACUUUACAUCAUCAUAUUUUAUAACGUCUCCAAAAUCCCAACAGUGCUUUGUGAUAGUAGACACCAAAGUUCAUGGACGGACUGAUUUAAAAAACAAAACCCCCCAAACCACUUGGUAGUAGCUUCUGUUUGAUAAUCUAUGAAAUCUGACACGAGCUGCUUUCUCUGACUUUAAGUCUGUUGUAAAAUGUUGGGCAAAAUGUUAACCUGUGCAUAGAGAUUCCCCUCAAAGGAGAACUGUUUAUUAACUACAGGCUCAGUGAACUUACUUGUUG